AUGGUGGGACACUCACCGGCGGGAACGACCCCGACCCACGCGCAGUCUUCGCUGCCUUCUUUGCCGUCGCAUUUGCAGUCGGACACGCAUUUGACGGCGCAUCUUGCCAGCCGAUUCCAUGUCGGAUUGCCCACUGCUCGCCUGUCUUCGCAAGGAUUGAUCAGCUUUAAUACAUACACUUCGUCGUCGAAAGGUCCCGAUGGCGCCAAAGAGGGUAGUGCCAUGGGCGAGGUCGAGGACCUCGCUCGGCGUGCCUUCACCCGUCUUGGAACUCGCGGCGAGAACCAGGCAAUUGUUUUUCUAGGAGAGAGUGGAUCAGGAAAAACUACGAUUCGUGCCCACGCGCUGUCGGCGUUCCUUUCGUUUUCAUCGACUCCCUUGUCGUCGAAACUGUCAUACGCAGCUUUUGUCUUCGACACUCUGACCACCACCAAAUCCCUGACAACGCCAACCGCAUCGAAGGCCGGCCUUUUCCUGGAAUUACAAUAUGAUGGAUCGACCUCCGUCAAUCCUACCUUGAUUGGUGGUAAGAUUAUCGACCACAGGCUCGAACGGAGUCGUAUUGCCUCGGUUCCUACCGGCGAGCGAAGUUUCCAUGCGCUCUACUAUCUCCUGGCCGGCACAAGCGCCGCGGAGAAGGGUCAUCUGGGGUUUGACAGUCCCGUGCAUGUUUCCACGGGCAACAAACUCUCGUCGCCGUCCAUAGGCCACAAACGAUGGAGAUACCUGGGUCAUCCAACGCAGCUGAAGGUGGGCAUCAACGAUGCCGAUGGAUUCCAGCAUUUUAAGACGGCUCUGCGGAAAUUAGAGUUCCCUAGGAGCGAAAUCGCCGAAAUCUGUCAGCUCCUUGCCGCGAUCCUGCACAUUGGACAGUUGGACUUCAUCAGCGGACAGGCCACCACUACCUCUGCCGAGGAAUCUGGCGGGUAUUCUCACGAAGGUGGCGAAACCGUCACGAUGGUGAAAAAUAAGGAUGUGCUGUCGAUUGUCGCUGCGUUCUUAGGUCUUGGUGUCGAGGAGCUUGAAAACAGCUUUGGAUACCGAACGAAGACGAUCCACCGAGAGCGAGUGACGGUGAUGCUCGACCCGAAAGGAGCUCGUCAGAACGCGGAUGAGCUCGCACGCACUAUCUACGCUCUCAUGGUCGCCUAUGUUAUUGAGACCGUCAACCAGAGGAUUUGCGCCGCCGAGGACAGCGUUUCUAACACCGUCUCCAUCGUUGACUUCCCCGGAUUUGCCCAAGCCUGUUCUACAGGUUCCACCCUGGAUCAGCUUCUUAGCAACGCGGCCACCGAGUCGUUGUACAACUUCUGCCUGCAAUCCUUCUUCGACGGCAAGGCCGAUAUGCUGGAACGCGAGGAAGUCGUCGUGCCUGCAACAAGUUACUUUGACAACACCGAUGCCGUGCGCGGCUUGCUGAAGCAAGGUAACGGGCUUCUCAGCAUCCUCGACGAUCAGACGAAGCGCGGAAGGACCGACGCCCAGUUUUGCGAGUCUCUGCGGAAGCGAUUCGAGAACAAAAACCCGGCCAUUACGGUCAGCGCCUCCAAUGGAACCGGUUAUGUCUCCCAGGGAGCACGCUCGGCUUUUACUGUGAAGCAUUUUGCAGGUGAGGUCGAUUAUUCUGCCGACGGUUUGAUCGAAGAGAACGGUGAAGUCGUUUCGGGCGAUCUCAUGAACCUCAUGAGAUCCACCAGAAGUGAUUUCGUGAGAGAACUCUUUGGUCAAGAGGCGCUGCAGACAGUGACACACCCGAAGGAGAAAACCGCCAUCAUGCAGGCGCAGGUGAGCUCGAAGCCAAUGCGAAUGCCAAGUAUGGCAAGGCGAAAGACGAGUCCCGCCGCUCGACUGGCAUUCGAUGCACCCGUUGCCGAAGAGCAGGACGAUUACGCGAGCCAAGUUGGCAGCACUAAGAAUUCCAAGGGUAAUCGGAAGAGCACAAUGCUUGCCCAUGGUAUGCAGGGUGCCGCGGGCCAGUUCCUUUCCUCGCUUGAUAUUGUCAACAAAUGUCUCAGCUCGGCCAACGUCAACCCGUACUUCAUCUUCUGUUUGAAGCCAAAUGACCGCCGAAUUGCCAACCAGUUCGAUAGCAAAUGUGUGCGCGCACAGGUGCAGACAUUUGGCAUCGCUGAGAUCAGCCAACGUCUCAGAAAUGCGGACUUCAGCGUUUUCCUUCCCUUUGCGGAAUUCCUUGGUUUGGCUGAGAUCGGUAACGUCGUGGUUGGAAGCGAUAAGGAGAAGUCCGAGGUUGUCUUGGAUGAGAAGCGGUGGCCCGGAAACGAAGCUCGAGUUGGCAGCACGGGUGUUUUCCUUAGCGAACGCUGCUGGGCAGAUCUUGCAAAGGUUGGAGAGCGCGUCGUUCCUGUUUAUCCCGCCGAGGGAUCAGAUGAGGGCGGCGAUGGAUUGCUCCAUCCUCGGACAGCUGGCUACACGGACUCCAAAGUUCGCCUUCUCAAUCCGGCCGACCAGUCGCCCGGCACCUAUAUUUACGGCGAUGACAACAAACAGGGAUACUUCGGUAGCCGCGAUCUGGAUGGACGCUCCGACGCUGGCGGUUCUGCCUUCAAUUCGGGCGACAUGUUCCGCAAUUUGGAAACCAGGGAGCAAAUGCUGGAAAAAGGAAAUGAGAAAAAAAUGGAGGAGGUUGAUGAGACGCCUGUCUCCGGCAGCCGCAAGCGCUGGAUGGCGAUCGUCUAUUUCCUUACCUUCUAUAUACCCGACUGGUCAAUCAAGGUUUUCGGCCGGAUGAAACGGAAGGAUGUGCGGAUCGCCUGGCGCGAAAAAUUCGCUAUCAACUUGAUCAUCUGGUUCAGCUGUGCUCUCGCUAUUUUCAUCGUCGUCGGUUUCCCCGGUCUGAUCUGCCCCACACAGCAUGUCUAUUCAGCUGAGGAGUUACAAUCGCACGAUGGCAAAGAUGGUCAUAGUUCUUUCAUUGCUAUUCGCGGAGUGGUCUUGGACCUGGACAAAUUCAUGCCCUCUCAUUAUCCCGAUAUCGUGCCGCAGUCAGCAUUGAAAAAGUAUGCGGGUGUCGACGCGACUGGUCUCUUCCCGGUGCAAGUGUCAGCUCUCUGCCAGGGCAAGUCUGGCAAGGUUGACCCGACGGUGCUCCUGGAUUACAAGCCGACCAACGUGUCUGGCUCGGCCACCACGAUCAGCACUGGCGACGCCAACGCCAAGUACCAUGAUUUCCGCCAUUUCACGAACGACUCGCGUCCAGAUUGGUUCUACGAACAGAUGCUGAUGCUGAAGUCGAAUUACAAAAAGGGGUACAUUGGCUACAGUCAGCAGUAUUUGAAUACCUUGGCCGACAAGAAGUCGAAAUCGAUCGGAAGCAUCAACGGCAAGAUCUACGAUUUGACGGACUAUGUUGCUGGAGGUCGAAGAACGCAGGCUCCUGCCGGUGAAGAGGUUCCGUCUGGUGUUGACCGUGACUUUAUGGACCCCCAGGUGGUGCAGCUGUUCCAGCAACUGUCUGGUAAGGACAUCACGAAAUACUGGGAGAACCUUAACAUCAACGACGGUCUCCGGAGCCGGAUGCAGCUCUGCCUGGACAAUCUCUUCUUCGUCGGCCAUGUCGAUACCCGUAAUUCGCCUCAGUGUCAGUUCUCGAACUAUUUCCUCCUCGCCAUUUCGAUCUUUAUUUGUGUGGUCGUUCUCUCCAAGUUUUUGGCGGCGCUUCAAUUCGGCAAGAAGAAUAUUCCGGAGAACCUUGAUAAGUUCAUCAUCUGUCAGGUCCCCGCUUAUACUGAAGAUGAGGAGUCUCUUCGUCGUGCUAUCGACUCCAUGGCUCGCAUGCAAUAUGACGAUAAGCGCAAGCUCUUGCUCGUCGUCUGUGAUGGUAUGAUUAUUGGUCAAGGUAACGACCGUCCUACUCCUCGAAUCGUCUUGGACAUUCUAGGUGUUCCCGAGUCAGUGGACCCUGAACCGCUCAGCUGCGAGGGUUUGGGCGAAGGCUUGAAACAACACAACAUGGCCAAGAUUUAUUCUGGUCUGUAUGAAGUGCAGGGUCACAUCGUUCCUUUCCUGGUUGUCGUCAAGGUCGGAAAACCCUCGGAAGUAUCGCGCCCUGGUAACCGAGGAAAACGAGACUCCCAGAUGGUUUUCAUGCGAUUCUUGAACCGCAUCCAUUACAACCUGCCCAUGAGUCCGAUGGAAUUGGAGAUGCAUCAUCAGAUACGCAACGUCAUAGGUGUCAAUCCGACAUUCUACGAAUUCAUCCUACAGGUCGAUGCCGAUACGGUCGUUGCUCCUGAUGCAGCUACUCGAAUGGUGGCACCGUUCCUGGCCGAUACUCGCAUCAUUGGUGUCUGUGGAGAAACGGCGUUGACCAACGCGAAGACGUCCGCGGUGACCAUGAUCCAGGUCUACGAAUACUACAUUUCCCACAACCUCAUCAAGGCCUUUGAGAGUCUGUUCGGUUCCGUCACAUGUAUGCCCGGUUGUUUCUCCAUGUACCGCAUUCGUUCCGCCGAAGCCGCGAAGCCGCUCUUCGUUAGCCACGAGAUUGUAGAUGCCUACUCCGAGAUUCGCGUCGAUACACUUCACAUGAAGAAUCUGCUGCACCUGGGUGAGGAUCGUUAUCUAACGACCCUUCUCUUGAAACAUCAUCCCAAGUACAAGACCAAGUUCAUCUUCAGUGCCAGAGCCUGGACUAUUGCUCCCGAGAGUUGGGCUGUGUUCUUGUCGCAACGUCGUCGGUGGAUCAACUCUACGGUCCACAACCUGAUUGAGUUGAUUCCCCUUCAGCAACUUUGCGGUUUCUGCUGUUUCAGUAUGCGAUUCAUCGUGUUUGUUGAUCUUCUUUCUACCGUCAUCCAGCCCGUCACCCUUGCCUACAUCAUCUAUCUCAUUGUCUGGCUUAUUCGGGACACAUCGACUAUCCCAUACACCUCUUUCGUUCUGCUCGCAGCCAUCUAUGGCCUACAGGCCCUCAUCUUCAUUCUCCGCCGGAAAUGGGAGAUGAUUGGUUGGAUGAUCAUCUACAUUCUCGCCAUGCCUGUAUUUUCCCUGGCUCUUCCGCUGUACUCUUUCUGGAACAUGGACGACUUCUCGUGGGGUAACACUCGUGUCAUCACUGGAGAAGCGGGUCGCCAAGUCGUUAUCUCAGACGAGGGCAAAUUCGACCCUGCAUCCAUCCCCAAGAAGAAGUGGGAGGAAUACCAGGCGGAAUUGUGGGAAGCGCAAACAUCUCGGGACGACCGAUCCGAGAUCUCUGGUAUCUCCUAUGGCACCAAGUCGUAUCACCCGGGACAAUCCGAGUAUGGGUUCCCUGGUGCUCGACCUGUCUCGCAUCUUGAGCUUCCUCAUCAUGGAUCGCGGAUGUCGUUGGCCCCUUCGGAGAUGAUGAGCCGACACAUGGACAUGGAGAUGGAGGACCUCAGUCACUUGCCGCCCGAUGAUGCUAUUCUCGCCGAAAUCCGCGAUAUCCUCCGAUCGGCGGAUUUGAUGACCGUGACGAAGAAGAGCAUCAAGGUAGAAUUGGAGAGACGUUUCGGUAUGAGCCUGGACGCAAAGCGCCCGUAUAUCAACUCAGGUAAGACUUCAUUGCUCCGAUGUUUCACUUGUCUCAUUACUAACUCAAUCUUUUUUUAG